AUGGCCCAAACGCGAGAUGCUUUGAUUAAGCUCAAAGAUGCCAUCAAAGACUUCGAGACCACGACAAGCCAGGACUCAGAGAUGUACUACAAGACCCAAUGGCCUGGGCUGUACAUCGCCGAAGACUUCGCAAACAUCCCCGGCCAUAUCUCUAUCCUUGAAGACUACGUCAUCGAAGCUAAAGAAGAACGUGUGGUGAACUGCCUGUGGGACUCUACCUGGGAGAUAUCUCGCACACUUUCCGGUCCGACAGUGAAUAUGGCAGGGGAGGCUGGCACUCGCGCACGUGGUGUUUUCGUCCUUGAAGCGAAAAUGGUGGAGUGCGUGACAAUCUUGUACAAGCCGGCUGAGGGUCCUGGAGUUCGCACGCAUGUAAGACCGUUUACCGAGCGAGACGGAUACCUCUUAAAUUACGUAGCAGGGCAGGGCCCAUCGGUGCGACCAGACCCCCACCUCCAAGGACUGAACGAGUUUGGAGAAGGCAUGAAACCAUCGUCGCGAGCAACCGGUAGCGAGGCCAGCGGAGAUGCUGCCAACGCUGAAGGCGCGAAUGAGCCAACAGGAAAAGCCAGGGUGACGAUGAAGAUGCCCGCACACGCAGCCCAAAGCGAGAGCGAGGGUGACGAUGAAGACCGUGCGACAUUCCUCUGUAGCCGCCGAGACGGAUCAGGAACGUACUACCUCAUUGUAGACGACACCAAAGCCUACCACAAACGACUGAGGCCGACUGCAGGAGUAGGUUUCGACGACGAAGCUUUCACCCGCAUGCAUGAAGAGGGACCGCAGGAGCCAUACCAGCCGUUCGAGUUGAGCAGACAUUGUAACUUGCUCAACACCCCAGAUCCUGUCAUUCUGAGCUAA